AUGCGGCUCCCAGUGCACGCAGUGCGGCGAUCGGCAUGUGCCCCAGCAGUGCCAGCUGUCAGUGUCCAUCAGUGCCAGCUGUCAGUGCUCAUCAGUGCCAUGUGCCAGUGCCCAUCAGUGCCACAUAUCAGUGCCUACCAGUGCACAUCAAUGCCACAUAUCAGUGCCCAUCUGAGCUGCCUUUCAGUGUCACCCAUCAGUGCCAGUAAGUGCCACCUAUCAAUGCCAAUCAGUGCCACCUAUCAGUGCUGCCAAUCAGUGCUGCCAAUCAGUGGCAGUCAGUGCCGCCUAUAAGUGCACAUCAGUGUCGCCUAUCAGUGCCGCCUAUCAGUGCCAGUUAAUGCCACCUAACAGUGACAGUCAGUGCCGCCUAUCAGUACUGCCUAUCAGUGCCACCUAUCAGUGCCAUAUAUCAGUGCUGCCUUUCAGUGCCCAUCAGUGAUGCCUGUCAAUGCCCAUCAGUGCCACCUACCAGUGCCUCCUCAUCAGUGCCCAUCAGUGCCACCUAUCAGUGUCCAUCAGUGCAGCCUAUCAGUGCCCAUCACUGCAGCCUCAUUAACACACAUCAGUGAAGGAGAAAAAUCACUUAUUUACAAAAUUUUAUAACAAAAACUAAGAAGAAACGUUUUUUUUUUUCCCAAAAUUUUCUAUGGUUUUGGUUUAAGAAAAAAAUAA